AACAUAUAUCUGUAUAGACUAUUGAGGUUCCUGGUCUUAUAUCCGUAUCUGUGUCAAAUGUAAUUUAAAAAAAACCUCUUAUUUGUGUUAUCUCGACAUACUCCAUCCCUCGAGAAUUUACAUGAACCUUCUUCAUCAUCAAAGACACUUAUGCGGUUACCAGGGUUACAACAUCCCUUUGUGCUGAACGUCACCACUUCUUGUAGCAAACGUUGUGCGCAUAACAUGUUUUGAGGAGGCGUUCUUUGUGCCAUUGUUCAAUCAAGUAAAAACGAGAAAACGGAUAAAUGGACCGUGGGUCAAAGCGCAGGCAGGUGAAGCCUCUGGCUGCCUCUCUGCUGGACGCUUUAGAUUAUGACAGCUCAGAUGACAGCGAUUUCAAAGUGGGAGAUGCAGAUGCCUCAGGGUCAGAGGGUAGUGCCAUUGGGAGUGAUGAGGAGGAGGAGGGGUCCAAGGAGGAGAGCGCUGCUGAGGACUCUGACAAUGACAGCGGCUCGGACAACAUCGGCUCUGCAACGGACGGCAUCGAUGAAGAACAGACCAAGGAGCUGACAGGUGACGACACCCCCACUGAGGAAGAGGAGAAGACCAAGGAACAGCAGCUGUCCUAUGACACUGGCACCACCACCACUAAAGACCCUGCUCCAUCAGGGGUGCCCAGGGGCCGACGGAGGAGAGAGGAGAAGGCCUCGGACACAGAGGCUGGGAGCGGAGGAAGCGGGAGUGGCACAGGUAGUGGUAAUGCGCAGGACGGAGGCUCAACAACGGCCGCCACACAGGAGCCCAAGAAGUGGAACCUACGUCGGAACCGACCCAUGUUGGACUUCACCACCAUGGACGAGCUCAACGAGAUGGACGACUACGACAGCGAAGACGACAAUGACUGGAGGCCCGCCUCAGGCAAGAAGAAGGGCAAGACGGCGGCUGCCCAGAAAGGAGGGAGCGAGGGAGAGGAGGACGAGGAGGAUCACGACGGAGGGAGUGGUAGUGAUGAUGACGACGACAACGAGGAUGACGAUGGUGGUGAUGAAGAUGAGAAUGAAGAAGGGAGCAGUAGCGACAGUGAUAAAGAGGUGAAGAAACCCAAUAGGAAAGUGAAGAGCAGCAGUGUGUUUGACGAGGAGCUGACCAACGACAGCAUGUCACAGGGAAAGAGCAAUGAGGAUGCCUUGCUGGAGCGUGCCCAGACGUGGAGGGCGGCGGCCCAGAGGAUGGAACACAUCCUGAUCUGCUGUGUGUGUCUGGGAGACAACAGCGAGGACGCUGACGAGAUCAUCCAGUGUGAUAACUGUGGCGUGACCGUACAUGAAGGCUGUUAUGGAGUGGACGGGGAGAGUGACUCCAUCAUGAGUUCCGCCUCGGAGAACUCCACGGAACCGUGGUUCUGCGAUGCUUGCAAGAACGGAGUCACACCCAGCUGUGAGCUCUGCCCCAAUCAGGACGGGAUCUUCAAAGAGACUGACGCUGGGAGAUGGGUCCAUGUGGUUUGUGCGCUCUACGUCCCCGGAGUAGCGUUUGGGGACAUUGAUAAACUACGACCAGUGACUCUCACAGAGAUGAACUACUCCAAGUAUGGGGCCAAGGAGUGCAGUUUCUGCGAGGACGCCCGGUUCGCCCGGACAGGCGUGUGUAUCAGCUGUGAUGCUGGCAUGUGCCGAUCCUACUUCCAUGUGACCUGUGCUCAGAGGGAGGGGCUUCUCUCAGAGGCCGCUGCGGAGGAGGACAUAGCCGAUCCCUUCUUUGCGUAUUGUAAGCAGCAUGCGGACCGCUAUGACAGGAAGUGGAAGAGGAAGAACUACCUGGCGCUCCAGUCCUACUGCAAGGCAUCUCUACAGGACAAAGAGAAGCAGCUGGCCCCUGAGGCACAGAACCCCUGGCAGGCCCGUAUCACCACCCGGCUGCAGCAGUACCGGGCCAGGGCAGAGCUGUCCCGUAACACUCGGCCCCAGGCCUGGGUCCCCCGGGAGAAGCUUCCACGACCCCUGACCUCCAGCGCCUCCGCCAUCAGGAAACUCAUGAGGAAGGCCGAGCUCAUGGGCAUCAGCACGGACAUCUUCCCUGUAGACACAUCAGACAUCAGCGCAAGUGUGGACGGACGCAGGAAACACAAGCAGCCUGCCCUCACUGCAGACUUCGUCAACUAUUACCUGGAGAGGAACAUGAGGAUGAUUCAGAUCCAGGACAAUAUCUCUGAACAGAAGAACCUGAAAGACAAGCUGGAGAGUGAGCAGGAGAAACUGCAUGUCGACUACAACAAGCUGUGUGAGUCUCUGGAGGAUCUGCAGAAUGUUAACGGAGUUCUGAGGAGUGAGGGCCAUGCCAUAUGGACCAUGUUGGGAGGAAUCCUAGGACAGAAACUGAACUCCCCGCCGGUCCUGAAAGCCCCUAAAGAGAGGAAGCCCAGCAAGAAGGAGGGAGGAGUUCCUGGGAAGUCCUCCAACCUACCAGCUGUCCUCUACAGCUGUGGGAUCUGUAAGAAGAACCAAGACCAGCAUCUCCUGCUGAUGUGUGACACUUGCAAGCUCUACUACCACCUGGGCUGUCUGGAGCCUCCGCUGACACGCAUGCCCAAGAAGACCAAGAACAGCUACUGGCAAUGUUCAGAGUGUGACCAGGCCAGUAGCGAUGAUGCUGACAUCGCCAUGGAGACGCUGCCCGACGGUACCAAGAGGUCUCGGAGACAGAUUAAAGGACCAAUCAAAUUCAUCCCUCAGGAGAUGUCCCCGGAGCCCAAGAAACGAGAUGUGAGGGGCACGAGAACCAGAGGGCAGAAGAGGAAGAGGGUGUCCAUCUGUGAAGAAGAGCAGUUUGAAGUGCAGGAACCUGCUCUACGUGAACGGCGUCAGCGUCAGUCUGUAAUGCAGAAGAAGACCCCUAAAGCCGACGACACCAGGACUGACUGUACCUCCUGCAAAGGACCCGGGGACAAUGAGAACCUUGUCAGGUUGUGAGAGCCGGGGCAGACACCUCUCCUCACCUCCCCACACCUAGACACUGCUGGACAGAUGAGAGAGAGAAGCAGACCUUUGGCUUAGAGACAGAGAGGGACUUAAUUACGUGGAAGAAUGACGGCGGCGGGUGUGGGAUCAGAUGGCCAUCUUUGACGUUCACAACCAUGGUCGUCUUCAUGACCCAAAUUGGACCACCGACUGGCCGUCCAAUUAAAAUUGAGGGAGAGAGGCAGAAAUUGAAAUUAACUUUGAGGAAUUCUAAAAUACUUGCGCAAAUAAAAUGUUGGGAGGUUCAGUAUUACUGAACUGGUCAUUCUUGUAAGAAAGGACAUGUUGGUCUUAUUGGACAGGCCCUUUGUGAUCGUCAUUGUCAUCUCUAAGGGCCCUUCUAUAAGGACUAUGGCCUAACUGGACUGAUUCCCCCCUCUCUCUCUCGCUCUCUCAUCCAUUCUAUGAUGCCACUUCACUCGUUUGACCUCCCUGAGCAUCUUAUCACCACAUCCAAUCAGUUGUAUUGACUCGUCAUUUGUGGUCCAAUCACAUGGUGUUUUCCUCAGUAAAGGCCUUUAAUUGGAGAUGCACUUGAACUUAGGCUUUCAUAAUCUUCUUCUAGUGUUGUCAUCGGAUAGAACUUUCUAGAGUAGAGGACUAGUAGACCUUGAAAAAGUAGUGGUUUUUAGUAGAAUGAUUGCCCUUUCUGGCUUUUGAGAAGUAAGUUGCCGCUUAGCCUCUACAGCAGCCUAAGGUUUAACAUAAUAAUUAUAGCAACAUUUGUAUGAAUGGUUAUUGUAACUUCUAAUGUGUGAGUGUACAGUAGAUGUCUAGGCAUCUUAGUCUCCCUUCCUCUCAUUAGUAUUUUAAAGUGACAGUUUAACUGACACUUCUUUAAAAGCAGCCCAGCUCUGUGUAUGUGUGUGCGCAUCUCCCCAGUGCCCCAUAGUGAGUGCUGACAACUGAGCAGCUGCCAUGUGGUCUGUCUGUCUGUCAGGGUCCUUGACAGAAGUGUCACAGUUUGCCCUCACAUGUCACUCCUCCACUCACCCCCAUCCCAGGACCCUCUGUCACUCCUUUUCUCUUCCCCUCAUCUGUCUGGGGACCCUAUAUGCAUGCCACUGGGAGCUGCCAAACCUCACAUAAUGCUUAGGUCCACUGGAAAAUCUGCUGAGGAAAUACAUUUGGUGGUUUUCCUAUGGAGAUUAGAAAGUCCUCCUCAUCUUCGUUCUCCCUCUACCUCCUCAUCCUCUUCUGCCUCCUCCACAACAAAUUUAGAGGACUGUCCAUGAGAUACAGCUAACCAGCUAACCUUACUCAAGCUAAUCCUUCUCAAGCUAACCUUACUACAGCUAACCAGCUAACCUUACUGCAGCUAACCAGCUAACCCUACCACAGCUAACAAGCUAACCUUACUACAGCUAAACCUACCACAGCUAACCAGCUAAACUUACUACAUCUGACCCUACUUCAGCUAAACAGCUAACCCUACUCCAGCUAACCCUGCUACAGCUAACCCUGCUACAACUAACCAGCCAACCUUACUACAGCUAACCCUACUACAGCUAACCCACUACAGCUAACCAGCUAACCCACUACAGAUAACCAGCUAACCAGCUAGCCAGUUAACCCUACUACAGCUAAACAUACUGCAGAUAAUCAGCUAAGCCUACUCCAGCUAACCAGCUAGCCAGUUAACCCCACUACAGCUAAACAUACAACAGCUAAUCAACUAACCCUAGUACCACUAACCCUAUUCCAGCUAGUACUACUACAGCUAACCCUAC